UAAAAAUGGCGGAUCAAAGUUAACCAGACUGGACAAGUGUAAGCGCAUUAUUCUGUUGAAUAUAUUCUUUAUAUACAGUCAAAUAUAAUGUGGCGCUUUGCAGGUGUUUUUAGGAUUCAUAACAGCUUAAUUCAAGCGAGGUAUAGAAGCUUAAGCUCUGUUUUUACUAAGGUUGUUACAGUCUCAUUUGACUGUCUAUCAGAGGAUCACCAUAUUCGUGUGUUAUGUUCUGGGUUAUCAAGACGUUUUAUGCUUAUAGAUGGUACAAAGAAUAACAUAAGGAAUUUUCACGUGAGGAACUGUGUAUUGUUUAGUAAGGGAAUCCAUGAAAACCCGAGAAAUCAAAACAUUAAAGCAAAAACUGUGUUACUCAUUGACUCAGACGGUGAAAAGUUAGGGACAGUGUCGCUGAAUGAAGCACUAGAUAAAGCUAAAGAAAAAUCCCUGCAUUUGGUCGAAAUAGAAAGACAAAAGAGCUUGAAGCCUGCCGUCUGUAAACUAUUUUCUCCAAAAAUGAUAUUUGAAUCAGAGAAGAGAGCCAAACACAAUUCACAUGGGGCCAAGCAGAAAGAGCUUACUAUUACAGGGAAAAUAGCACCACAAGAUCUAAAGUGGAAAAUUCAAAAGAUCUAUGAUUUCCUGAAAAAUGGCAAUUCUGUUAAAUUAUCAAUUAGACGGAAGCCUUAUCAGAAGAUAUCCCAGGAAGAAAAAUUGGAGAUUGUGAAAAAAGUUGUUGAAGAAAUACAAGAUGUUGGUAUCAUGGAGGGGGAACCUAAAGUGAUAGGUGCACUUGCAUUAGGGUGCCAUUUCAAGCCAUUUACACAGAGAGUAAAUCAAAAGAACUCUAGAUAAAGUUUGUAGCAUUAUUGUUAUUACUGAAGAUUUACAUCUCCAUCUUACAUUAUAAGCAUCUUCACUGAGUUUGUGAAAUGAGGCCCUGUUAGGGGUAAAUAUUCCGACAAGCUACAUGACUUUGAAACAGUAGCAUAAGAGCCGGGAACUAGGGAUGAACAACAGACUUCUCUAAUGAAUUACUGACAGUAAGGUCCUGUUAUAAUAAAGUAGGGGUAAAUUCUGACUAGUGAUACAAGAACAUUCCAAAAUUGCAACAUAAGUAGUUUUGAAUUCCCCGCAAUAGGCCUCUGAAAUGUAAGGUAAAAAGGUAUGUUGUCUUA